CACCACAGCCCGCCUGCAUCGCUCUGCGCUCCGCUCCACUUAUCUGAACCCGAUCUCAUCUGAGCAUCCACUUCCAAAUUGGGUUGUCAUUUUUUGACCCCUUUGCUCUUCCCGCGAACAGGUCAACGUGCUCUGUACGUGGACGUUUUUGAAGACCACUAAGAGAGAGAGAGAGCCGAGAGAAAUACAGAAAGAGACAGAACUGAGAGAGAGAGAGAGAGAGAGAGAGAGAGAGAGAGAGAGAGAGAGAGAGAGAGAGAGCUGGCUUCGUGGAUCUUUAGCUGUAGUGUUCCCGUCCUCUCUCUCUUCCAAUACUGGACUCCUUGCGUUGGAGUCUGUCGGCUAUUGCCUCGCUUCACCGGUGGCGUUCAGUGAACAGUGAUCUGGAUACUAAACACUGAGCCUUCGAAAGGUUGUCCGUUAUCCCAUGUUACAAUCUAGAACUGCGAACACUAUAUAUCGUUUAAGCAUUUUUUUAAUUUUUUUUUAAGAGGAAUCAUAAUUUACCUUGACGAUAUAAACCCAUCGCUGUCUUGGAAUCAAAUUGCUUAAUUUUUCAUUCAUUUGAAGGGAUUUUUAAAUUAAUUCCAAGCAAGAACUCUGGACUGUUACAAGGUAGACGACGGUUAUUGUAAAGACACUGCGCUUUCAAUGCCUAGAUCUGUGCGCGACCAUUACUGCAGCUUCGUGUGAGAUGUGGCGUAUGGUUUCAUCUCUUAACCGUGAGAGGAGUAACCCCCUCCGAGGUCGUUGGGGUUCAGCAAGAAGUAACAUCAUCAAUACUUCCGGGUCACCUUCUUCUAAGGUCAUGUGCACCUCACGCCUGCUCUUCCUCUUCACCUUGUUCGCCCCCCUCACCCUCGCGGUGAGUCGAGCCCCGGUCCCCAUGGCGGUGGUCCGUAGGGAACUGUCCUGUGAGUCCUACCCCAUCGAGCUACGCUGCCCCGGCACAGACGUCAUCAUGAUUGACAGUGCCAACUACGGACGCACUGACGACAAGAUCUGUGACUCGGACCCAGCACAGAUGGAAAAUACUAGAUGUUACCUGCCCGACGCAUACAAGAUCAUGUCUCUCAGGUGUAACAACCGUACCCAGUGUGUUGUGGUAGCAGGACCUGAUGUGUUUCCUGACCCCUGUCCUGGAACAUACAAAUACCUGGAGGUGCAGUACGAGUGUGUCCCCUACAAAGUGGAACAGAAAGUGUUCCUGUGUCCAGGUAUCCUACGAGGCGUGUACCAGAGUGAACACCUGUUUGAGUCAGACCACCAGUCAGGAGCCUGGUGUAAAGAUCCAUUCCAGGCCUCGGAUAAGAUAUACUACAUGCCCUGGACUCCCUACCGCACUGACACGCUCACAGAGUACUCCUCCAAAGAGGACUUCAUCGCAGGACGACCGACGACCACGUACAAGCUCCCUCACCGCGUCGACGGGACAGGCUUCGUGGUCUACGACGGAGCUUUAUUCUUCAACAAGGAGCGGACGCGCAACAUCGUCAAGUUCGACCUGCGCACGCGGAUCAAGAGCGGCGAGGCCAUCAUCGCCAACGCCAACUACCACGACACAUCGCCGUACCGCUGGGGCGGCAAGUCGGACAUCGACCUCGCUGUCGACGAAAUCGGCCUCUGGGUUUUGUACGCCACGGAGACGAACAACGGACGCAUCGUGGUCUCGCAGCUUAACCCCUACACGCUCCGCAUCGAAGGGUCCUGGGAUACCACCUACGACAAACGAACCGCCUCCAACGCCUUCAUGGUGUGUGGCGUGCUCUACGUGGUAAAAACCGUCUACGAGGACGAUGACAACGAGGCGACGGGGAAUAAGAUAGAUUAUAUGUACAGUACCACCCAGAGUAAAGAAACCUUCGUGUCCAUCCCGUUCCCUAACUCUUACCAGUACAUAGCAGCAGUGGACUACAAUCCCAGAGACAACCUGCUGUACGUCUGGAAUAACUACCAUGUAGUUAAAUACUUACUGGACUUUGGGAACAACGACAAUAGAUUGGACUUCGUUCCUCCAGUCAUCCACGGACCUCCCAAAGACCCCUCUUCCUCUUCCUCCACCAGUCGGACCACGACCACCCGGUCUCCUCCCUACUAUACCACGGUGCGACCCCUCCUCACCACCUUCCCCGGUCAACGCUCCCGGACAACCACAACUGUUCGGAACCCUGCCGGUGGUGGCGUGGUCGUCCCCGGCGAUAACCAGAUCCCAGAGAUCGUUAACCCCGGUAACGGGCGGUUGGUUCCAGCCAUGGGUGUUCCCCCUCUGCCUCCGCAGCCCCCGGUCAUACCCCCCCAGGACCACUGCUCCCCCAGGGUGACAGCUGAAGUGUCCUGGCCCAGAACCCAGCAGGGACAAAUGGCCAAGCAGCCCUGUCCUGUAGGGACACUAGGCGUAGCUACAUACGUGUGUGUUGCUCAGCAGGGCUACUGGGAUCCCCAAGGCCCCGACCUCAGCAACUGCACGUCUCCCUGGGUCAACCACAUCAUGCAGAAAUUGCGUAGCGGCGAGACGGCAGCCGUCGUUGCCAGGGAGCUAGCAGAGCAGACUAAAGGCUUGUUGCGUCCCGGUGACGUCCCCUCUACGGUGAGGGCCAUGGCCCAGCUGGUUGACCUGCUGGAUGUUCAGCUCAGAAACCUCACCCCCGGGGGCAAGGACAGCGCCGCACGCAGCCUCAACAAGCUGCAGAAGAGAGAGAGGUACUGCAGGUUUUUUGUCCAGGCCAUGGUUGAGACGGUGAACAACUUGCUCCAGCCCAGGGCCCAGGCAGCGUGGAGACAGUUGCCCACAGGGGAGCAGAUUCGCUGGGCUACCACCCUGCUGGACACGGUGGAGGCUGGAGCUUUCAUGCUGGCUGAUAACCUGCUGAAGACGGACACUGUAGAGGAGAUCACCGACAACAUCCAGUUGGAGGUGGUGAGGCUGAGUACGGAGGGGAAUCUGGCUGACCUAACCUUCCCCCAGUCUGAACUACAUGGGAACUCCAUCCAGCUGUCUGCUAGCACGCUCAAACAGCAUGGGAGGAAUGGUGAGAUCCGCAUGGUGUUCGUCCUCUACAGGAACCUGGGCUCCUAUCUGUCUACAGAUAAUGCCAGCGUUGGUCUGGGCAGCGAGACUCUCUAUCCUAACUACUCUGUCAUAGUCAACUCUCCUGUUAUUACUGCCUCUAUCAACAAGGAGAGCAACAAGGUCUAUCUGUCUGAACCGGUGGUCUUCACUGUCAAACACCUGCAGCAUUCAGAGGAGAACUUCAACCCGAACUGUUCUUUCUGGAGUUAUUCCAAGCGGUCCAUGACAGGUUUCUGGUCCAGUCAGGACUGUAGACUACUGGACACCAACAGAACACACACCACCUGUUCCUGUACUCACCUGACCAGCUUUGCUGUACUGAUGGCACACGUUGAAGUCAAGAAAACAGACUCCAUGCAGGACCUCUUGCUGGAUGUUAUAACAUGGGUUGGUAUCCUGCUGUCCCUGGUCUGUCUCCUCAUCUGCAUCUUUACAUUCUGCUUCUUCAGAGGACUACAGUCAGACAGGAACACUAUCCACAAGAACCUCUGUAUCAGCCUCUUCAUAGCAGAGUCUUUGUUCUUAGUGGGCAUCAACAGAGCUGACCAACCGAUUGCGUGUGCUGUCUUCGCGGCCCUGCUCCAUUUCUUCUUCCUGGCAGCGUUUACCUGGAUGUUCCUGGAGGGGGUUCAGCUGUACAUCAUGCUGGUGGAGGUGUUUGAAUCAGAACACUCCAGAACCAAGUACUUCUACCUGGCAGGGUACGGGGUACCAGCUGUUAUUGUGGCCGUCUCCGCUGCUGUGGACUACAGGAGCUACGGCACAGACAGAGUGUGUUGGUUGCGGUUGGACACAUAUUUUAUAUGGAGCUUCAUAGGCCCUGCCACGCUCAUAAUAAUGCUGAACGUGAUCUUCCUGGGUAUCGCCCUCUAUAAGAUGUUCCACCAUACAGCUAUCCUCAAACCAGACUCUGGAUGCCUGGACAACAUCAAAUCGUGGGUGAUUGGUGCCAUAGCUCUCCUCUGCCUGUUGGGUCUGACCUGGGCGUUUGGUCUGAUGUAUAUCAAUGAGAGUACAGUGAUCAUGGCCUACCUGUUCACCGUCUUCAACUCCCUACAGGGCAUGUUUAUAUUCAUCUUCCACUGCAUACUACAGAAGAAGGUGCGUAAGGAGUAUGGGAAGUGUUUGCGUACCCACUGCUGCAGUGGUAAGAGUGUAGAGACCUCCAUCUCGUCCUCUGGAAAGAACCACACCACGUCUCGAACGCCAGGACGAUACUCCACGGGGUCACAGGUCAUCUUGCCUGCCUGUACACCUGGACGGUACUCUACAGAAGACUCCCAGAGUCGUAUCAGGAGGAUGUGGAAUGAUACAGUGAGGAAACAGGAGUCAUCCUUUAUGACAGGAGACAUCAACAGUUCAGCCACACUCAACAGAGUCUGUAACAACCCCAACGUGGCUGGCAUGUACAACACACAAGCCCCCUACAGAGACACAAAGGGAAUCCUGAACAACGCGCGAGACUCCAGCGUCAUGGAUACGCUCCCUCUCAACGGUAACCACGGCAACAACUACAGCGUGGCGAGCGGCGACUACCUUAGCGACAGCGUUCAGAUUCUAGAACGCGGCGGCGUCAGCGGUUACAGUACCUACGGCAACCACAAGGAGACAACAUUAGAAAAGCAGAUCCUGAAAGAGUUAACUUCCAACUACACCCCUUCGUAUUUGAACAACCACCAACGGUCGGCGACCACUGAACGCAACCACAACCUGAUGAAUAAGAUGGUCAACAUCGGUAAUGGCACCGGUAACCUGGGCGGCCUGGUCGGUAACAGCAGUAACGGAAUCGGAAUUGGUGGCGUAGUCGGCGGCGGGAGUAACCAUGACUACGACUUGAGUAACGACGGUGUCGACGUUAGUCACAUGGUGCUGGAUAACCCCAACGCUGCCUUCCCAUUGGAUGAGAAUUUGGGAUUGGAGAUUAUAAGGGAGGAGUCAAACGCCCCACUCCUCCCACCCCGCCCCCUGCCUCCCCCAGACAGCCUCCCCCACCCUCACCCUCCUCCCCCGCCCCCCCAUAACUUCUCCCGCCGGCGCAUCCCCCAGGAGACCAGCGAGAGCUUCUUCCCCCUCCUGACCAAUGAGCAGACAGACGAGACGCCGCAAUCACCCAAUCACAGAAACUCUCUGUACACCUCCAUGCCCGUGUUAACAGAUUUACCGGAUGGCCACGGUAGUCACGGGCAGAUGAACGGUUUAGCGGACGGUGAGAUGGACGACAGCGGGGAGAUUCAGGCCGGUAACAGCAGCACUGGGAGCGGACCGGGGCCAGAGGCGGAUGAUGUUUAUUAUAAGAGCAUGCCAAACCUGGGGUCCAGGAACCACCUCCACCAGCUCCACCAUUACUACCAGAUGGGGCGGGGGGGCAGCGACGGCUACAUGGUGCCUGUCAACAAGGAGGAUUCUGAUUCGUCGCCCGAGGAGCCCCUGACCCCCGUUGACCCCUCCCACCUGGUCACGAGCCUAUAGACCAAUGAGAAGACUCUAAACCCCUUAUUUUCCGGGCCCCACCUUCUUUUUUAGUCCCAACUCCCAGAAUAGUUAUAUGUUGAUGAUUGAUUGACAGUUGGCGCUGACCAAUGAAGGCCUGGUUGAACGGACUCACUUCCUGAUUCUUUCCUGUGGUUAGUGGCAAUAGGGAUGAUACUGAGCUAUCAUUGGCCGGAAGGGAGAUGAGAGAGGAGAAUUCGAUUGGAUAGAGAUGGAUUGUAUUUAGACCAGAAUGAACUAAACUGGGUGGCUCGAAACUAAGACCGUUUUUUGUGAAUAUUCUUCAGGAAUGGAAAUAUGAACUAGUACCUGAAGGAGGGGGGAAUGGAGGGAAGGAUCUGUCAGUUCACCUGUCUUGAUAGAUUCCCCUGGAUCGUAGCCCAGAUAAAUCCUACCAUGGACCUGUAGCAGAUCCUAACUUAGUCUUUUUCACUGUCAAAAACAUCAGGCUACUCUUCCAAGCCCUGGACACUGGUCAAAAUAAUCUAGCCAAUCACCAGGCUUCUCCUUGUUCUUCUACUACCUGACCUGCCAAUCAGUAGAGUAUGUAUGAUAAACCCCGCCCCCUCACAUUACUAUUUUAUUAGACGUUAUUCUAAACACUGUAACCAUGGCUACAGAUGACAGGGUAGUUAGAGGAAGUCUUCCUCCUGUCUGAUGAACUGAACUGAAACGGAUGGUGAAAACCUUUUUUUACUGGACUGUCAUGUUACAUUCCUGUUCCUGCAAGGUGUACAGACUCAACUGAACUUUACCGUUGGAUGUUGGAGUGGUUCCCUAAGUAUGAACUAGACAAAGAUGAAGGAUUCAAAUGGACUGAAACAGACGCAUUUCUGACCCCCGGGGGGAACGUUUUAUUUCUGCUCGUUUUUUAUUUUCUUCUGUAACCAUGGCUACAGAUGACAGGGUAGUGAGAGGAUUUCUAUGUGUUGUACAGAAUAUAGAUAGUGUUGCGUUAUGUCUGACUGGAUAGCUUCAUGUUUCUGCUUUUAUUUGAACCUCUGGGACUGUAAUAGUGAAGACGUGUUGUCCUGUCCUGCUGGUGUAACACCUGUUCAACCACACCAGUUACAGGUUCACACUGCUUCUUACCAACAAAAUAUACACACACACACACACACACACACACACACCACUUCAUCCUGGGUCGUUUUCUAUCUCGAAGCAUCUCCAUCACUUCUAUUUUGAGAAACCAAUCGUAUCUAUAUAUUUUUUAUGUCUGUGUAGAUUUGCGAACCAACGGGGGACAAAGUGAUAUAUGGCAAAGGCAUGUGGGGGACUUCAGACGGUUACUAUGGAAACCAGAGAUUCUGUAUAGAUGGAACACACACACACACACACACACACUCUCCAUAGCUCCUGUUGACGCAAACCAAACAACACAGAGGAAGCCUGUAUAUUGAGUUGAAACGUAAUGGGGGAAGUUCACCCUCAGAUAGCGUGGGAUAUGGGUUGAACUUUUGACAUGAAAACAUCUGAGAAAACAUCUGGGGGAAAAACAUGUGAGAAGCGUUGGCUUUGGGUUGAGCCAUCUCGUCUAAAGGGAAAUGCCACUAUUCCUAUAUAAGGUGGGUCCCUGUCUGUGAGAGGACAUGAUUCUAUAGUGGAGAUGAAACUACACUGUCCCAAUGUGGAGACCAAAAUAAUGUUUCACUUAUUUAAGAGGCGAGCUUUCUGAAGUGUAGCUUGAACAUGUAUAUCCCACAGACUGUACCCCCGAUGACAAGAGAGCCAGAGAGAUAUGGUUUAUUUAUCUGUUUACGGGUUUAUAAAGGCCGCGUACCAAAUGGCAACCUAUUCCCUUUAUAGUGCACAUCAUUUAUUAGGGCACUAAUCAAAAGUAGGUCACUAUGAAGGGAAUAGACUGCCGAUUGGAACGUAUCCAGAGAGAAACAAAAAAACUCUGAAAGAAGAAGUUGUGAUUUCAGGGCAGAGAGAGAGAGAGAGAGAGAGAGAGAGAGAGAGAGAGAGAGAGAGAGAGAGAGAGAGAGAGAGAGAGAGAGAGAGAGAGAGAGAGAGAGAGAGAG